UAAAAUGAGGGAAAACUUUAAAUCAGGGGAUGUAACUGUACUUCAUUCUUAUCAAUGGGUUUCAUUUGGAGGGGUUAAACUUGAUGGACUUUGGUCUUUUUUCAACCUGAUGUAAUUGUAACUAUCAAUAACUUCUUGUGUUACUGUAUGUCCAUUUUAGUGUGUCCAUGUGCAGCCAUGAGCCAACGUGAUGAACAAAGGUGACUGAGCAACUCAUUUCAGCCUUCAUUUUGUCAAACUGUCAUCACACUUGGCUCACUUUAAUCACAGACUAAGUUUUUGGGAUGCAGCAGGAAACCGAAGCAAACAUAGACUGGCCGGAACUGAACUCAAGGCCCCCAAGUCUCCCACAAUUUCAUCAAGAUGUGGCAAAAGCACAUUCCCCUGUGAGGAAGACAAAGGCACGGCCUCCGGUGGAGGAGGAGCCAGCGGUGAGAUCUAUUCAUUUCAGCACUGCCCCACACACUUCCAUCUGGGACUCCCAUCCGUCCAGACUCUGCAACUGCCACAAACCCAAUGUGGACAUGACAAGCAAGUGUGGCCUGGGGAUUCUGCUCUUAGCAGCCGUGCUGAGCACCUUCGGAGUUUGGUUCCUACCAGUCAGCUCAGAAACUGCAGAAAUAUUUUUAUUACUUUCUGGCCAAACAGCAACAUCAACGGAAUCCAAUAGGAACAGCACACAGAGUGGAGACUUGGAUACCAGGCUUACGGAGCGCACAAUAUUUCCAAAUUCUUCUGUUACUGACGCACCAGAGACUUCUCCCAUUUCUGGCCUGACUGAAGGCAUUGCUCAGCCGAUGUUCACUGCGAGCCCAGACAUACUUUCAGCGGCAAAUCUAAAUAGUUCCUGGAGUGCCGAGGAGACGACAGGUGCUGUGAAUUCCACUGUAGAACUCAAUACGAGCAAAGAGCUGCUCAGUGGGGCUGAACUUCUAAAUAGAUCAAUAAGUUCCUCGCUGAAUUUUCCUUCUGCUGAAGAGCUGCCAUUAACUUCUGCCACUACAAGUCACUCCAUGGAGAUCAGUAUGACGGCCUGUGUCCAAGCCACAAACCUGACCGAUGCAGAGGUUUUAGCUAUAGCCAUAGGAGCUCUAUUUCUGGCUAUUAUACUAAGUUCUCUUUUCUACCAGUUGGUGAUCUACUUGAGAAAUAAAGAAGUCAACAGAGACAGCUCCAUAUACAUAAUCGAAAAUGAGCUGCACAAGUACGACAUGGACUCCAGCGGGGAACAGCCAGAGACAAAACUAUAGGCUUUGAUUCCAGAGAAUGGAUCAAGUACAUAUUUUCCAGACUUCAUGAACAGUGUAUCAGAAAUUAGCACUCCUCCAAACUCCGGUACCAUGCUAAUCAGAGAACAUGCAAGGCAUUGUGGGAACUGGAGGUGAGCUGACUGAUAAAACUUUGCAGUAGUAUGAAAACUACUUUUAGAACAAACUUGAGAUCUCUCACAGACUGAUCCACUGUGUGAAAGUCCACAGGCAGAUAUAGAGGCAAGGGCACACACUAAAAGAUAUCCCUAUUGAAAUGUUGUUGUGAUUGCCUCCACUCCAAUAAUAUAAGAAGCCAAGGAAAGGCCAAGAGGAAAACGUGAGACAGAAACAACUCUGAAUCAUAAUUACAUCUACAGACAACUUUAACAUCACUGGAAAUAUUUAAUGCAUAGUGGAAAGCUGCUUAGAUUUACACUUCUUUCAUUAUUUAUUAUAAAUUCAUGCUUUGGAAUUGAGGGGUUUCCAUCAGCAUGGUUCCACCGCGCUUUUAUUGUCCUCAUGUACUAAAAUAUGCACUUGAGUUCCAGAAAA